AUGACAGCUGGAACACAGGAAGAAAAUGUGAGCGAGCGAGAAGAUGAGAUGGAGGAAGAGAAUGAAGAACAACAGAAAGACGGAGGAAAAGAAGAAAAGGACGUGGAGGAAGAAAAGAAGCAUCUGAUUGGUGUAAGAGAAGAAGAAACAGAGGCCUUGGUAGGCAGACAAGAAGAUGCAGAAGAAGAAGAAGAAGAGCUUCAGCUCCACCAGUCAGAAUCCAGGAACUCCUCCGCUCCACCGUGUCCUCUGGACUCUGCAGAAACUCUGAGAGGUGAUGGAGCAGAAACAGGAUUGGAAGUUCAGGGAGAUGAGAACAACUUCUCAGACGCUGCCAAAAACCACAACGGGGACAUUUAUCCCACAUCAGCGGGCAGGGACAAAGAGGAGGAGGAGGGAGCUGAAACAAAAACUGUUUCUCUGACACACAUACAUGUGCCUUCUGUCCACGCUGGUCUGAAUCUGAGAUACCUCACAGACCAGGAGAUACAGCGUUUGGAGGAGAGAUUUGGAACCCUGUCAGUGACAUCAUUUCCUGCCCCAGGAGACCACAUUGAACUAGCAGAGGAAGCAGUGGACGAAGACACCUGGGAAAUUAUACCUGAUCUACACGCAGAGCUACAGGACUUCAGUAACAGUCUGGGAAUGUCGACUGAAGCAGGAGGACCAGAAAGCAAUGAGCCCAGUCCAGCCCAGAACUCAUCCAGCACAGAAAACUCUGCAGGGGAAGUAAAGGAGGAGAAUGAUGAAAAAGUGGAGGGAGGUAAAAACUCUCAGCAGCAUUCAGGGGCUGAUGCAGCGGACGAUAAGAAGAACGGCAGCAGUCAAGCAUCAAAGUUUAAAACUGUGUCCUACAGGAGGAUCCGGAGAGGAAACACCCGGCAGAGGAUUGAUGAGUUUGAGGCCAUGAUGGACUCAUGAUCAGGCCCUGGAAAUAUAGUGUUUGGUUCUGUUGAUCAGGUAGAUCUUUGAUCCUGUUCUAGCAAUUAAUGGUCCUCAUUGGUUACAUAUAGAGAAAUGUGUAGGACUCAGCAACAACUCUAUGAAACACCCAUUCUGUGUGACAAGAACAGAACCAGCUGAAGCCUGGUUUUGUGUUGAUAAAGAACUCUCCACUAUCUUGAAAUCAGCUCUAUUUUUAUAGCUGUCGCCUGUUCACAACAUGUCUUUGUGUACACAGUUUAUUUAAGGUUACAUGCAUAGUUGACUGCAGGUUUUAGUAUAAAUAAAGUUGAUAAAGUUAACUCACAUGUUUUUGCAUUUAAUGUGAAAGUCAUGCCCUGUUAAUCACCACUGU